AUGCUUACCAGUGCGAGUGAGCAGUCCACUUCCACCCUCACGUUGCUGGACGCCAGGAUAACUCAGAUGAUUGACAACUCUGUGGACCACAGAGCCUCGGGUGGUUCGUAUGGGAGUGGGUUUGAUAUGGACAUAGCUACCACCUACCUACAGGCGGUUGGUGGGUAUCUCGAGAGCGCGGCGAGCCAUAAACAAGCCAGACAGACCAGCGCCAACGCGUCCGCUCAUGGCUUACCAGUGGAUAAGAAGAACAAUAAGGGUACGGAUAAGAGUAAGAAGAAGGAUAAGGAUAGGGAGGCGAAUAGUCGGAGCUAUGGCGGGUCCUUCCAUAGCCUAUACCAGAAGAUGCUCCAGCACGCGUUGUCGGUGGUGGAUGUGGCAGGCGCCCAAUCAGAAGGCCGCGCUAGAGCACAGGACAAGCGGUACCCAUUGUUUGCCCAUGGGGCUCGGCAGUUGGGUGUGGUGUCGGCCAUUCUCAACACACCCGUACCCACUACCGUUCCAGAGCGCACGGGGAGCGCAACUAAGCCCAAGAAAACGGACCGGGUGCAGCCUGCACCUGGGGCAGGGAGAGAGGACUCGGGGCGGACGAGCGCCGCCAAUGCACAGGCCAGGAUGGCCAUCCUGGUGGCGUGUUUGAAGCAGGUGUCGGGCUUUCUCGUCGGCAUCAGACAGCGCGAUACAGAUAGAGUACACCCCCUAUCCACAGUCAACCAAGAGAGUAUAGUCGCCAGUGAGACAGACACGGACGCGGGGACGGAGAUACUGUCGGCGGUACUGGGCUGUAUGGUGUUCCUGACGACGAGUGCGCGUAUUCUGGGCGAGGAUACCUGGGCACAGGCGCAGUACAGCGCGACCGUAGAUGCCAUGUGGAAGCGUGUGCUGACGCUGGCGUUGUUUGUGUGUGCGUGGGCGACGGAGGCCCAGCACGCGACCCAGCGAGCCACACCUGCACCCAGACCCACCCACACACACGCACAGUCACAGCCACAGGCACCAUCACCAUCGCAGAAGUAUACGUAUACACACACGCACGAGGCAAGGAGACGCAGACGGGCUAGGUACGCUCAACGUACGGUUAAUGCGUGCAUAGAGCUUGUGUGCACCUUAGCCGUGUCACUGAGCGCGUCGUCGGAUAUGUUUGAGUCGCUCGUGCAGAGUUUAGGGGAGGAGAUCGACCGAGGUUCAGUCCAGUCGCACCUCAGUGUGCGGGGUUCUGGUCCUAGGCGGGGUUGCCAUGGCAACGACGAACGGGAUCAGACCGCGUCGGAGUUGCAGUCUGUGUGCCGGACACAUGCGGCGGUGGUGUGUCUGAGCGCACUGCACGCGCACGCGAUAAAGCUCAAGCAACAUGGU